UUUAUGUUGGUGUUUCUUGCAGAGAGGAAGCCAUGAUGGAGUACCUGAAGCUGGCUCAAGACACUGAGAUGUAUGGUGUCAACUACUUUGAUAUUGAGAACAAGAAGGGCACAAAACUUACCUUGGGUAUUGAUGCACUUGGAAUUAACGUCUAUGACAGAGAGGACAAAUUAACUCCCAAGAUUGGCUUCCCUUGGUCUGAGAUUCGCAACAUCACAUUCAACAACAGAAAAUUCCUCAUCAAACCUAUUGAAAAGAAGUCCCCAGACUUCGUUUUCUUGGCAUCCCACGUAAAAGUAAACAAACUCAUUCUGAACUUGUGUAUGGGUAACCACGACCUUUACAUUCGUCGUCGCAAACCUGACUCUAUUGAUGUGCAGCAGAUGAAAAUUCAAGCCCGAGAAGAAAAAAAUGCCAAGAAAAAUGCCACGCAAAAGCUUGCUCGUGAGAUGUCUUUACGAGAAGAAGCAGAAAAAAAGCAGAAAGAAUAUUUAGAACACCUUGAGGAAAUGAAAAAAGAAAUGGAGAAACGCCAGUCACAACUUCAUGAAGCUCAGUACACAAUACAGCGCUUAGAAGAACAACUUAAAGAACUGAAAGCUGCCAAGGUUGAGUUAGAACAAAAUCAGCAAGAAUUACAUACAAUGAUGGUGCGCUUGGAGGAGGCUAAAGAGAUGGAAGCUGGAGCAAAGGCAAGACUAGAAGAAGAAAUACGUUCCAAGCAAGAGGAGGUUCUGCGUAUUCAAGAGGAAGUCAAUAUUAAAGAUGAAGAAACUAGGAAGCUCCAGGCAGAAGUGGAGGAAGCACGGCGUAAGGAAGAAGAAGCAACACUGGCUCUUCUUACUGCUUCAACUGUACGCAGGCUUUCGAAACAGUCGUCAUCAUCAUCAUCAUCAUCAUCAUCAUCUGAGAGUGAACACGAAGCAAGGAGGAAGGAUUUUCCAAGAAUGGAAACCGCUGUGCAGCAGAGUUCGUACAAUGGAGGGAUAGGAACCAUAUAUGAUUAUGAAGGGAAAGAUAAAAGUCUCUCCAGCACCAACACUUCCAGGAGUGCAACCCCCAGUGCUGCAUCCCAUGCCAUGGAAACAAUUAGUGUGAAUUCAGAAAUUUUGGAACCAAAACAAGACAAUUCUGCCUUUCGGAGGAUGAAAUUACUUGAGGCAAUGAAGAUGUCUUUAGCAAUGGACCGAAUGCCACGAGAAAUGACCAACUUGGACAGGAUUUACAACAGAAACAUUAAUGAAGGCAACACUAAGUACAAGACACUGCGAGAGGUGCGCAAAGGAAACACAAAACGAAGAGUUGAUCAGUUUGAGAACUGGUAGAGCAACUUGUUCUUAGGGGUAAACUGCUUAGGUAGUAAUAAC